UAUUUUCCCCCUCUCCCCCCCUUACCAUUGUCUUUCUAACUGUAGUUGCCCAAUUGACAAUUGUAUCCCCCAUUUCCUCCCUGUCUUCUUCACUCCCCAUAACUUCAUCUCUGUUAUGCUACUUUUGCCCCACACCAACUCAUGCUAAUCAAAUCCCACUACAACACCUCCAUUUUCUGUUCUUGAUUCUUUAUGACAGUCUUUAAUUCUUGAUGAUGGCAGGUAAAAAUGUGAUUCAAACUUGUUUGGAUUGAGGUUGAAGUUGCUUGAGGAAUCAAGCUAAGAUAGAAAGAAAAAGUUAGAUAGUCUUUUGUUGAGGAGGAAGAGAUCCAAGGAUGCCAGUUCCUCUUGCUCCAUAUCCUACUCCUCCAGUACCUUUCACCCCACCUGCAAAUGGAGCACAAAGUCAAUUAGUAUGCUCAGGAUGUAGAAAUCUACUAAUGUAUCCUGCUGGAGCUACUUCUGUAUGUUGUGCUGUAUGCAAUUCUGUUACUGCUGUCCCACCUCCUGGGACAGAGAUGGCACAACUAGUAUGUGCAGGAUGCCACACUCUCCUAAUGUACAUUCGAGGAGCAACUAGUGUACAAUGUUCUUGUUGUCAUACCGUUAAUCUAGCUUUGGAAGCAAAUCAAGUGGCACAUGUGAAUUGUGGGAAUUGUAGGAUGCUAUUGAUGUAUCAAUACGGGGCACGAUCUGUUAAAUGUGCGGUUUGCAAUUUUGUCACUUCAAUUGGGGCUGCAGCAAGUGUCCCAGAACAGAAGUUCAGUAACAGCUGAAGAAAUCAAACGAGAAAACCAUUACAAAUUUUAUAUGUAUGUAUUAAUUAUCCGGCAAACUAAUCUCCAAAUAAAGGGGAUUUACUUAAGUAUUUUAGUACGAGUAUAUAGAGGUUUAAAUUCUUUUCCUGUUUUCACCCUAGAUGUUUUUCCAGGAAAAUAAUAAGCAAUUUUCAUCGAUUUUCGCAUAGUGAAUAUUGGGAUAAAUUUGUUUUGUACAAGGGCUAAAUAUAUAGGUAAAGGUUGUACUAGUUUGUACGUAGUAUAUGAAAUAAACUUUACUUUCAAUGGA